AAGGAGGGUCGGGUAUCAGCGCGCCCUCCCUCCCUUAUCCCAGCUUCCAUUGCAAGAUGCCGCAGUUUGUGCUGCGGGAUGAGAAUCAGGAGAACGUCCACCCUAGGAAGCAGAUGCUACAGCAAGCUGGAGGCCGCACCGUGCUCGGGGUCUUGCAGGAGAAUCGGGGGCUACGUGGAGCUCAUGGUAGAGGAAAGCAGCAGCAGCCACCGUCGCUUCUUGCUCCACGCAAUCACUUGGGUGUUAACGAUGAAAAUCAUGGCAAGGUACCAGCUGGAAAAGCUGCUGUCAAGCAAGCUACCUUUGCUAUCCAUGAAGAUCAACCAGACUGUGCGAACUAUCGGAAGCAGCCGGCCGCAAAAAAGCCUGCGCAAGAUGAGCAGCUAAAACAGCUGAAUAAAGUGGUCAUUUCUCUCGGGCAAAGGAAACCUCUGGAACCCAUAGAAAUCCCCAUAGUUCCUACUAGCUAUGACUCUCCAAUGGAUAUGUCAAUUGUGGAUGAGGAAGAAAAGGUGGUCAGUAGCAGUGAAGUUCUAGAUUAUGCAGAGGAGAUUCACACUUAUCUCAGGGAAAUGGAGAUAAAGUGUAAACCCAAGUCUGGCUACAUGCAGAAGCAGCCUGAUAUAACUAAUAACAUGCGCGCUAUCCUUGUUGACUGGCUGGUUGAAGUUGGUGAAGAGUACAAGCUGCAGAAUGAGACUCUUUAUUUGGCUGUGAACUACAUUGACAGAUUCUUGUCAUCAAUGUCUGUACUACGAGGAAAGCUUCAAUUGGUUGGCACUGCUGCUAUGCUUUUGGCAUCGAAAUUUGAAGAGAUCUACCCUCCUGAAGUAGCAGAAUUUGUUUACAUAACUGAUGACACUUACAACAAGAAACAGGUUCUUAAAAUGGAACAUUUGGUUCUUAAAGUUCUGUCUUUUGACCUUGCUGCUCCAACCAUCCUACAAUACCUCAAUCAGUAUUUUCGCCUCCAUCCUGUGUCUUCUAAAAUGGAAAGCUUGUGCAUGUAUCUGGGAGAGCUCAGCCUAAUAGACUCAGACCCUUUCCUCCGAUACUUGCCGUCGGUUAUUGCUGCAUCAGCUUUCGUCAUUGCAAAUUUCACACUAAACGAAGAAACAUGGCCAGAAUCUUUGGCCCAGUUCACAACGUACUCCUUAGAAAGUCUUAAACCUUGCAUCCUGGAUCUAUAUCGCACCUAUCUUUCUGUAUCCACUCACCAGCAACAAGCCGUGCGUGAGAAAUACAAGAAUGCAAAGUACCAAGGGGUAUCAACAAUUGAGCCUCCAGAGUCCCUUUCUAUAUUUUUAUAAUCUUAAAGGUUGGACUUUUCUAAUGUAUAUGGACAAAAAGCACAUGAUGUACAGUUAUUUUUCUAUUAUGGAAACUUUGUGUUUGUAACUCAUUCAGGCAUCGGGGAUCUGAACAGAAUUAUGAGGCAAAGUUUUUUUAAGUUUGUUUUUAUGGUUUUAAACUUUGUAAAUUUUAUGUAUGUUUUAGAUAUUUGCUUAGCUAUGCUCUUUUAUAAAGCUGUUUGUGCAGAUUGCACUUACCAAGCAGUUGUCAUAUUUGUUUAUAAACUCUAUAAAUCACUGUUAUUGACAAUAAAUGUUACGAAACAGCUAAACAAGUGUUAG